AUGAAUUUGUCAAGCCCAAUAAUACAUGAAGUCGAUACUCGACAAAAUCCAACAUUAACAGUAUUUGAUGGAUCUCGAGAUGAUGAAAGUAAAUUAGCUAAACAAUUCUGGAACUCAGUCGUACUUAUGCCGCCUGUAGAAUCAACAUUAGUUUGCAAAGAAAUUAAACAAUGUACAAAAAGUCGACCAAUCAAUGAUGGAAAAAAUAAACCAAGAUUCUCUACUGCUAUAGUCAAAGCUAAUCAAGAAAAAACAUUAAGAAAUCAAGAAUAUGAAGAAAUUGCUGCUCUAAAAGAAGCUGAAGAUGAAGGAAAACAAAUACAAGCUGUUCGAGAACGACAUCAAUCAUUAAGACAGCUUUUUUUUAAACAAGCAAGAAUUAAUCGACUUAAACAUCAACAAUGGGCAAUUUCUCAUAUUAAUAACUAUUCUAUCAAUAGUAAUUUACGUGGAAGAACCAUAUAUUAUCAAGAUGGAAUUAAUAAUGGAUAUAACGAUGACGACGAUAAUGAUCGACGAUUAGUUCGUUCUUUACCAGAAUAA